CGCUACGCGUUGGGGCACAAUGCCGGGCGGGUCGCGUUGCCUGCGGCGGGAGCCAUGACAACGCAACCGCCUUAGCUCUGCUCCGGGGCUCGCCGCCGCCAGCGGCGGCAGGGCUCUACCUGCAGACUUUUUUCCUCACGCUUUUGCCGGGCGCCGCCAGGGAACCCACCCGGACCAGGACACGGCGAGCGGCGGCAGGAAGGCAGGAAUCUCCCGGGGCAGGCAGCGAGCGACGCGAACCCCCCACACCUAAGGAGGAGGAGGCAUCAUUCUACUCUUGGGGGCAGCAGAGGGUGACAGGCCAAGCGCGCCUGCAGCCGCCCCACCAGCCAACGCUCGGCCCCCACCGUUGGGGAACCCCAGUGCCCGCUCCCCGCACCCCGCAGCCCCUCCUGAGCAAAGGCGGCAGAGGCGCCUGCUUCAGCGCGCAUGCUCAGGGCGGGCGCCAUUUUGGUUGGGGCCGGGAGUUAUCCAGCGGGAGCGGCGGCGGAGCUCGCUGGGCCCGGCUCGGAGGUGGCGAGUGGGUGCCCGCUGCGGAGAUGGCUAACAUUGCGGUGCAGAGGAUCAAGCGGGAGUUCAAGGAGGUGCUCAAGAGCGAGGAGACGAGCAAAAAUCAAAUUAAAGUAGAUCUUGUAGAUGAGAAUUUUACAGAAUUAAGAGGAGAAAUAGCAGGACCUCCGGACACACCAUAUGAAGGUGGAAGGUAUCAAUUAGAGAUAAAAAUUCCAGAAACGUAUCCAUUUAAUCCUCCUAAGGUGCGGUUUAUCACCAAAAUAUGGCAUCCUAACAUUAGCUCAGUCACUGGAGCCAUUUGUUUGGAUAUUCUGAAAGAUCAAUGGGCAGCAGCAAUGACUCUAAGAACGGUGUUGUUAUCGCUGCAAGCAUUGUUGGCAGCUGCAGAACCAGAUGAUCCACAAGAUGCAGUAGUGGCAAACCAGUACAAACAAAAUCCAGAAAUGUUUAAACAGACAGCUCGACUUUGGGCACAUGUGUAUGCUGGAGCACCAGUUUCUAGUCCAGAAUACACCAAAAAAAUAGAAAACCUUUGUGCUAUGGGCUUUGAUAGGAAUGCAGUAAUAGUGGCCUUGUCUUCAAAAUCAUGGGAUGUAGAGACUGCAACAGAAUUACUCCUGAGUAACUGAGCCAUGUAGAGAGAGCUGCUUCAGUAGUCCAGCUUGCCCCUUCUGGAGGAGCAUCACCAUCUGUUAUUUUUAGGAUUCUAUAUAGAUUCUCUUUUAAAACUGGCACUCUUACCUGAUGAUGCUAUCUAGGCACUAUUGGAGACUGAAAAAACCGCUCUGUAAAUAAAGCUAAUUAAACGUCUGUGUAAAUUUAAAAAGGGGAAAUACUUUAAUUUUUUUUCUUACUAAAUAUUGUAAAAAUUCUUUGAGCUCAGCUAAGAUAAUGGGAAAAAAACAUGCCUACUUUAGUGUUUAGCCGUGUGACGAAGACUAGCAGGAACUUGCUUCAGGAUUUCGAUUUAGUAAUUCAGAAAGCAACAUUUUUGAGUGUUAGUCAUCAAAAUUGUUGGUGCCACUCAUCACAGCUAUCUUACUGUUUUUAACAUGGAUCCUAUGUGCCUGUGGAUUGACCUAUAUUUGCAUGCUUGUACUUAAUAGACAUACUAGGUAGGGUUGCUGAAGAGAGCACCAUUGAAAUACUUGAUUGUUCUUGUAACUAUUUUUUUCCUGAAAGACUUUGAAGACUUACCCAAAGUUCCAAAUGGUGACCUAUUCAGAACUGGUUUCUUUCUAGCUGACUAAUUGGGAAACCCAAUUCUCCUCUCCCUUACAUCAUACAGCUGAAAAUCCUCACUAGAUCAUGUUUCAUCAUCUCUGGUUAUUAUGUGUGCCAUUUACAGUAGUCUAGGCUCCCAUUUAAAAACGUAUUUUGAAUUAUCAAUAGUGAUUUCCAUCUGUCAUGUUUUCUACACGCUCUCAUAAGGAGUAUGCCUCAAUUUAGCACAAAAAGAUGGAGCUGGUUUUCUUUCUUUUUUUUUUUUUUCUGAAAUGGUUGUAAAAUGUUCUUCAGUACAUUCUGGAUAAAAUGAUUUCACUGGGUCUGAAGGAGGAAAACUCUGGUUCUCUAGUGUACCAAGAAUUAAAGAAUAUUUUCUUUGAGUACUAGAUAUGAUGCAGUCAGCUGUUUUGUGCAGCAGUUUUCUAGCUUUAUUUUGGGCUUUGAUUUAAGGAUUGCUUACCAGGUACUUUAAAAUUCAUCACUGCUUGCGUUUUUCUCUACUUGACACAAGGAGCCUGUGUUGGUGUUUUUCUGUACAUACUUCAAAUGCACAUAGAAGUAGAAGUGUGUUCUUGGUUUAGCUUUCUUUUGAAUUGAUGUUUCUGAUAAAUGAGAACUGAAGUCUUACCUUGGCUUGUACAUACAGUCAGUCUUUCUAUUCGUAUUAAAAUGACAUUUCAUCCUGA